UUUUAAUCUCAGCCACCCUUUCGUCGCGGUUCCUCUCUCGUGUUCCAUAUUUCACGUUUUAUUGGACAAAUCUGGUUUCGAUUUCUCUCUCUAGGUUAGAGAGAGAAAGCGACAUCGGGAUUAAGGUGAGAGGAGAGGAAAGAGAGGGGAAUAAUUGUGGGGUGUAGGAGAAGAUCCCUCGGUUUACUACAAAAUCCGUUUGUUCCCUUCACUUUUGAGCUUGGGGGUGAGCUGCCCACAUGGGCCUCAAGCCAUUAAAAUGAUAAAAUCUCUCAAGCCCACUGCCUGACACAGCUACUGCACUCUGCCCUAACGGUUUUCCAUGGCUGUUUCACUUUGUUUCUCUCUCUAAAAACUCUUCUUCUCUCUAGAAACACAAACACGCACACACUCUCGCUCGCCCCCACAUGGGCCGGGGUCUUGUCCCUUUCUUUUGGAAUUUUUCGCUCAUGUACAGAGGUGACUGCUACGUUCGUAUAUUGAGGGGGUAGGGCACUUUUAGGAUUCUUCUCAUGCCUCACCGUGACUCUCUUCCUUUGGAUUCUCUCUCCUCCUCCCUUUCCUCUCUCCUCCAUAAAACUCAACAUCUCAUCGUGUCACGCUCCAUUGGGAUUCUCUCUCCUCGUCCCUUUCUCUCUCCUCCAUAAAACUCAACACCCCCGAAAUGCUUUCCAUUCUCUUUCUCUCUCUCUAGGCUUUCCACCCAUUCUAAUGGGUCAGAGUCUUGUUUUUGUUCCUCUGCUAUUUAAUAGAAGCACUGGUUGAUGGGUAUUUUUGGGUUUUUUUUUGUUUGUUUAAGAAAUUGGGUUUGUGAAAUCGAACAGUGUGGGUCGCGCGUGGGGGACUGGGGACCCAUGUAUCAUGGGAUGUAAUUUUGUUUGCCCUUCCAUUUCAUUCCACCGAUCACUUUCUCUCUCUACACAUUCCUUCCCCAUCUGGAAGGCUUUCUCUCUCUAGACCUGAAUUCCUUUUAGAAUAAGCCUGCUCCUGUGCUCCGUCUCCAUUCAUUUCUCCAAUCUGGAGAGGGAGAGAGAAUAGGCGACUUCCGGCAUGGUUCUUCCAUCUCCACAAGUUUGCAUGGACUCGACGCAGUGGCCACAGAGACUGAUCCAGGUACAUGACAGAGGAAUCACACCGAAACCUCUUGUUGAUGAUAUGGUGUCAUCUUCUUCUUCGAGUCUCAUGGAUCAUCGCCAUAGCCAACUGCAACAACAAACAGGAGGGGCCGGUGGCCUGAAACCCCCUCCUGAUCAAGCCCUGAAAUGCCCUCGAUGCGACUCUUCCAACACCAAAUUUUGCUACUACAACAAUUACAGCCUCUCCCAGCCCCGCCACUUCUGCAAGACCUGCAAGCGUUACUGGACGCGCGGCGGCACCCUCAGGAAUGUGCCCGUUGGCGGGAGCUCUCGCAAAAACAAGCGAAUCAAAAGAGGAGGGCCAUCAUCUAGCACGACGUCCUCGGAGAAUCAGAGCAGUGGCAACAACAAUAUUGGGAGUCAAUCUGUCGAUCCGCCCACUUCUUCGUCGCCUGCGACCGAUCUGGCUUGCACCCUUCAGGGCUCUGUGGGCUCGAACCACCCAAUCUUUUACGUAUUGCCGAGCUCGGCUGCUGAUGUGAAUUUGGGCUUCCCGACCUCGUCGUCCUUGACAAGUGGGUCUGAGUUUCUUCAUCUCCCUCAAUUUUCUUCUCUCUCGAGCUAUCUUCAAGACCACCAGGUUGCUUCUUUUAAUCCUGCACACCAGGUUCAGGAAGCUCCUCUUUCUCUCCUCCCUGAUCUCUCCAGGUUUAGUAGCCCUUUGAUUGAGGGGCCAAUGGAUGCACCGUGGAAGCAGCAGCAGCAGAAGUUGUCUCUCUCUCUAAAGGAUGGUCACGGCCAUGAGAGUUUGCAGUUCCUCUUUCCCUUCGAGGAGGGAUCGAGGAGGGCCGAAUCCUUAAGAGCUGGGGUGAAGCUCGAAGAAGAUAACGCUUCCAGGCUCGGCCAAAUGGAUUGGCAAAUGCCAUCUGCAAAUGCCUUCGAAAAUGGAGGAAAUGACCCCUCUCCUCUCUACUGGAACCAGUCCACAACAACAUCUUGGCCUGAUAUCUCAAGCUACAGUUCAUCAGUGACCCCAUUGAUAUAAGGGGUCCAAAUCCAAUUUGGCUGCAACUAUUUCGGCCUGGUUUCAAAGUGUUUUUAGUAGUGAUCUUUCUGGUUCGUUUCUUCACAUCGCUGGGGCUUGGAUCGGAGGGCUCAUGUCAGGUGCAGUAAGGGGAAAAGCUUGUUUUUGGCAAGGGCUUCUUCGCCAUUUUGCUCUGAGAGGAACCUCGGAUCCAAGGGACUUUUCAUUCUCCUGACUUAGUUUCUGGCUUUUGGCUAACUACUCAUUCAUGGCAUGAAGAGCAAUUAACCAGUUAGGGUUUAUUUGCAAAGUGGGUUGGCUAUGUAUAUACUAUAUAGAUCAUCAUGACAUAAUCUUUUUCUUUGCCGGUUUAUUGAUUUCUCUGGUUCUGAGAUUAAUUGUUGGGGUUUGUUUUCUCUGUUAGGGCUAUCGAUUCUAAUUAUCUGAAGCAGUUGAGCGAUGAGGAAUUUGGGUUCUAAUAAUCUUAUUAUUGUGAUGGGAUUUUUCUCUCUGUCAGUAUUUGUGGAAUAAAAUGUUGAUUCCUAGUAGAGAGAGACAAUGGGUGUCAGUAAGUAGAACAUUUCAGUUGUUGGUUUGAGCAUUGGUUAUGGCAUGACUGCUGCAAUGUGGAAUUAUGUUGCAGACCUUAAAGCUUCUCUCGCUCUUAUGAUUU